UCGCACGCAUACAGCUCGCUGGAAAGAGAACACGAACACACAAAAGAAAAUAGUAGUUUUCCGUACAAAUCGAGCCCGACCCAGCCCAGAAAAGCGGAAAACAAAACGGACUCGUUAGCGUCUGCAAUUGCUAUUAACUGAGUUCUCCGUAGCGUGCUCUCACCACAACAGAACAUGCAAACCAUCAAGUGCGUGGUCGUAGGCGACGGAGCCGUGGGUAAGACCUGCCUGCUCAUCUCGUACACAACCAACAAAUUCCCCUCGGAAUACGUGCCGACCGUCUUCGACAACUAUGCUGUGACGGUGAUGAUUGGCGGCGAGCCCUACACACUGGGCCUGUUCGAUACAGCCGGCCAGGAGGAUUACGAUCGGCUGCGUCCGCUCUCCUAUCCGCAAACGGACGUCUUCCUUGUCUGCUUCUCGGUGGUCAGCCCCAGUUCCUUUGAGAACGUCAAGGAGAAGUGGGUGCCCGAGAUCACACACCAUUGCCAGAAGACGCCGUUCCUGCUGGUGGGCACACAAAUCGAUUUGCGCGACGAAACCAGCACGCUGGAGAAGCUGGCCAAGAAUAAGCAAAAGCCAAUCACCAUGGAGCAGGGCGAGAAACUGGCCAAGGAGCUGAAGGCAGUCAAGUAUGUGGAGUGCUCGGCCCUGACGCAGAAGGGCCUAAAGAAUGUCUUCGAUGAGGCCAUACUGGCCGCAUUGGAGCCGCCAGAACCGACCAAGAAAAGGAAGUGCAAAUUCUUAUAAUUCGGUUUUCCUUUCUCUUCUGUCUGUCUGUCGGUAAACAUGCGUUUUCGUAUCCCUUCCACUCUUGCUUCUUGCUAACGCCUUCUUCCCAGGCUGCCUGAGGGGUGUUCUUCAAUAUUUAUAUAUAUACAUAUAUAUAUAUAUAUGUAUUAUGCUGUAUAUUUUAUACAUCUUUAUAUAUAUAUUGAAUCUUGAUUGUAUUACUCUGCACCCACUGCUGCCCUGAAGCCCAAUUCCUCCACACUCUCUUUGUCUCUCUCUAUCUCUGUCUAUGUAACUGUCGCCGUUUAUGUCCCCGUUCCGUUCUGAAACCAUAGUUCAUAAUCCUCAGAUCGGUUUUUAUGAUUUCAUAUGCUUCUUACUCGGGCACAGCCUUCUUCCGCCCCCUAAAAACUUCCAGAAACAGAGAACGGAAUCCGAGUCCCCGAAACAAAUCAAAACCGACAUUCUUUUCGUUUUUGGCGCAAUUUUCUUAUUAAGCAAAAAGAGGAAACACAACAACAACAACAAUAACAAUAUAGCGAAAACAAAUUAUUUAUAUAUAUUUCUUUAUAUAUAUAUACAAGGAUUAAGUGGAAAAGUGCGGAAAAGAUAUAGAAGUAUAGAAAACAAACAAAAAUAAAGUGAGAACUAAGAAGAAGAA